AUGUAUCUUGCUAGUCAUACAAGACCUGACAUAUCAUUUUCUGUGAAUUUGUUAGCAAGGUUUAGCUCAUGCCCAACCCGCAGGCACUGGAAUGGGAUUAAACAUGUACUUCGUUAUCUACAAGGUACGAAAGAUAUGGGUUUGUUUUUUCCUAAUUUAUCAAAAGAAGGUUUAGUUGGUUUUGCAGAUGCAGGGUAUUUAUCAGAUCCUCAUAAUGGUCGAUCACAAACUGGAUAUCUAUUCACAUGUGGAGGGUCUUGGCGUUCUAUGAAGCAAACUAUUGCAGCUACUUCCUCUAACCAUUAUGAGAUUUUAGCAAUUCACGAGGCUAGUCGUGAAUGUGUAUGGCUAAGGUCUGUGAUUCAGCAUAUAAGAGAAGAUUGUGGUUUAUCUUCCGGGAAAGAGGCACCAACAAUUUUAUAUGAGGAUAAUGUAGCAUGUAUUGCACAGCUCAAGGAAGGAUACAUCAAAGGUGAUAGAACAAAGCACAUAUCACCAAAAUUCUUUUUCACUCAUGAACUUCAGAAGAAUGGCGAUAUAAAUGUCUUGCAGAUUCGUUCAAGUGAAAAUUUGGCAGAUUUGUUUACUAAGGCGCUUCCUACUGCUACAUUUAAAAAGUUGAUUCACCUCAUUGUGUUGAUAUCAGCACUUGCAUAUGUAUUCCUUGUCGUAAGCUUCUCUUCCUCUUUCAGUUGUUUCAAUACAUUUUCGACUCUUGAUGAACCGAAUUUGAAGGUCUAUGAUGAGCAUUAUGAACUAAGAACACUUCUAAAGGCGGCUUCAACAAACAAGAAAACAGUAAUCUUGACAUUCUUAAACGAAGCAUGGGCAGCACCAAACUCCAUAUUCGAUAUCUUCUUAAAGAGUUUCAGAGUUGGAAAUAAUACAGCUUACCUUCUCAAUCAUUUACUGGUUAUAGCAGUCGACCACAACGCCUAUUCUCGGUGUCAGACAUCAGUUUUCUACUGUUAUCUUCUGAAAACUAAUGAAUCAUCAGCAAAUGCAAUGGCUCACCAUGCUAAUUUUAGGACACCCCUCUACUUGGACUUUAUGUGGAGAAGACUUGCUUUCUUGCAAAAAGUUUUGAACUUGGGGUAUAACUUUGUUACCACGGAUGCUGAUAUUGUAUGGUUUCGAGAUCCAUUCCCGCAUUUUCUUCAUGACGAUUCAGACUUCCAAACUUCAUGUGAUCUAUACAACGGAAGAAAACACGACGUGAACAACCAUCCCAAUAUGGGACUUUUUUUCGCAAGGUCUAACAAUCGUACCAUCAAAUUCUUUGAAUUCUGGGUAAACUCAAGAUCCUUAUAUCCAGGUGCACACGAUCAAGAUGCAUUUAACAGAAUCAAACGUGGUACAUUUGUUAAAGAACUCGGGUUGAAAAUAAGGUUUUUGGAUACUGAUUAUUUUAGUGGGUUUUGUGCACUAAACAGAAACUUCAACAAGGUUUGUACUCUGCAUGCUAAUUGUUGUGUGGGAUUAGAUAGGAAAAUUGAUGACCUAAAUACUGCAUUAGAAGAUUGGAAAACUAUAAUUUCUGCGAAUCACUCUGUAUUAUCGCAAUCUUUUAAUUGGAGUGUCCCAAGUAAAUGUUUGGGCUCUCUUUCUUGAAUUUCAUAGUUUAUCCUUGUAAGACGUACUGAGUUUCUGAAUCCCGCAAAUUUGAAGGUGUACUCAGUUGUAUGUAGUUCUACAUACAAUUGGAUUAAACGCACAUUUUUUACGGUUUGAAAACACAUUUUCCCCAAUUUAGAAAUACGUUUUUGCGGUUUAAAAGCACAAUUCCACAGUUUAAGCACAUACAUUUUUAUCAGAAAAAUUCUUUAUAUUGGUA